AUGGCGGGUCUCUAUCGUAUUAAGAUCCUGCUCCUCUGGGCUGGGAUCUUUGGUGUGGCUGACUCUGAAUUUUUAAGUUCAAUUCAAAUACGUCAGACUAAUCCUAAGGAACUUCCUGCAAACAUAGAAGAUAACUUACAUCAGCUUUACCCAAGAUGCACCAAUCUCACCAUUGAUUACAUCUGUUCUGGUUCUGGCAAUAACUUCAAGAAUUUGUCUGAGCUGGAGCCUUUCACAGACUACAACUGUACUGGUCAGAUCAAGGAAAACAAUGACACCAUAAAAAACACGACUGCUAUCCAUGUCAGGGUUGACUGUGAUCUUCAAAUUGAAAAGGUUGAACAAAAUUCAACCAAUACCUCCAUUAAUUUGAAAUGGACAACAACCAGUCUGAACUGUGAAAAGGUCCUUCCUGAACUUGAGAAUCUUUCAUACGACUGCAGAUGUCAUCCUGAAUAUGAACAACUCACAGUUAACAAACAGCCACGAGGAGGAACAUGUGAAGUUUCUGGACUGACACCAUUCACCGACUAUACCUGUACAGUCCAACCCACCUACAACAACAAGGAUGUGCCCCAACCAACUGAAGUUAAACAGAAAACUGGUGUUGGAGUACCAGACGAUGUUGGCACGUUGAAGCCAAGUUUCCCAGAGCAUAACGUGAUCAAAGUAACCUGUCCUACUGUGAAAAAUUUCUUUGGGCCUAAAACCAUACACAUUGCAAAUCUUACUUAUGGUGGGGUCAUUCAGAGAUCACAAAACAAUAGCAAAAAAUGUGAAUUUGAAUUCAAAGAUCUAAGCUACUCUACGUAUUAUGUAGUGGAGGUGGUCGCUUUCAACGGACACUUUUCCAGCAAAACCGUCAGCAGUAAAACAGUUAGCACUCUCUACAAUGACAAAGCUGUUAUUGGUUUUCUGGUAUUCUUCAUCAUAUGUGUGGUGAUGGUUCCGGUGUUCUACAAGAUAAAGAUCUACAUGAAGAAAAGCAGAAGCUCCCAGUAA